AACCUCUAAAUCACCUCUAGUGAGAGCUGAACUUCAAUCUGGAUUUCUAACUGCCCAUAGGACAUUUCCACUUGGAUACCGUGUUGUCAUUUCAAGAGAUGCCCUUUCAAGUUUGUCUUCUGGGUUCUAAGUUAAGAACCUUUCAAUUCUUCAUUCUUUCCUUUCCAUCACUGACUCAAUUUUACACCUUUCUUCUUACUGUUGUUGCCACUGAAGUCCAGACCCACGUCACCUCAAAGCCAGGUGACUAGGUGGUCUCCUACUUGUUCUCCCAGUCUGCAGUCACUAAGCCCUUCAAAUCCUUCCAACCAAAUCUUAUGCUGGUCACACAGAAGGUGUCCCAUAUAUGUAAGUGAAUACUGUGAAGACCACCUCCAUCAGUUCAGUAUAUAAGGCUGGAUUUCAUUCUACAGAUGAUUCAACUAAGGUCCUGAGGUUAAAUGAGGCCUUAAGACGCUGGCAGAAAGUUCUGGGGAAACACACCCAGCACAGGGCUCUUAUAUCAGAACUAGGAGGCGGGCUGUCGACCUGCCCCAGUACAGUCUAGUUUCCUGUCCUUAUUCUUAAACGUAAGAGCGCGUUAACAGUCACCUAAGGCUCACCCCUGGAUUUCCGAUUCGGUAGGGUGGGCCGGGGAGUUCACAUUUGAACUGAGUCUUCCGCCCCAUGGUGAUGCAGGCGACCAGGGGACCGCACCCUGAGAGGCAGCUGAGAAUUGGUUGACUUCACAAACGGCCUCCAGCCGUCCACCUCGGCCGCCACCAACGCCCAGGCUCCGGGCGGACCCAUCUCUGCCGCCGUCCGCCUGCCCCACCCGGGGCAGGCUGCGGGCAGACUUCGGUCGGAUGUAGACCAGGUGACUGAGGUGCCAUGACCAGCCACUACCUGGCUUCCACUUUGGCCAGCCACAGACACCCAAGUGAGGACCCAAGACUCCGGGACCUAGGAGCCUGUAACGCGGCCGCCCAUUGGCUCAGCUUGGCACUGCGAGGCCGGGGUACAUACAAAGGUUUGGAAGAUUGGCUGAAGCUCCGGGCGCUGCGGCCAAUUGGCGGAUAGGAUCGCGUUCUAGGGGGCGGUUUCCGCCUGGGCCCCGCCUCUUCCUGCGGCUCUCUUUCUCCCCAUCCGGUUCCGUCGGCCGCGCACCUGGAGGUGCCUCGGACUCGUCUCUGUUUUCACCUGCGCCGGGUUGAAUAAUCCUAGCUGCCAUCCUGGAUCACUCCCCCUCUACCUCGCCAGUGACCUGUUGCUCCAAAGCUGAAUAUGGGGCAAGAGGGGAGAGCAGGAGCGCUGCUGUCCUUGGAGCCUGCAGUGGCGGCAGCAAGCCACACGGCCACAACUGUGAGUCUUGGUCGCUGCGCAGACUCCAGGAGAGCAUGACUGACGAUGCGGCCAGGACCUUGGGGAGAGGGAGCGCCCCCCCAGGGCCUGUCCCAGAGGGCCUGAUCCGCCUCUACAGCAUGAGGUUCUGCCCCUACGCGCACAGGACGCGCCUGGUCCUCCAGGCCAAAGGCAUCAGACAUGAAGUUAUCAACAUUAACCUGAGAAACAAGCCUGAAUGGUACUUUACAAAGCACCCUUUUGGCAAAAUUCCUGUCCUGGAGAACAGCAAAUGUCAACUGAUCUAUGAAUCUGUCAUUGCUUGUGAGUACCUGGAUGACGCUUAUCCUGGAAGGAAGCUGUAUCCAUGUGACUCUUAUGAGCGAGCUCGCCAAAAGAUGUUAUUGGACCUAUUCUAUAAGGUCCCACAUUUGACCAAGGAGUGUCUGAUAGCAUCGAGAUGUGGGAGAGAAUGCGCUGAUCUGAAGCUAGCCCUGCGUCAGGAGUUCUGCAACCUGGAAGAGAUUCUUGGCUAUCAGAACACAGUCUUCUUUGGUGGUGACUGUAUAUCCAUGAUUGAUUACCUCUUUUGGCCUUGGUUUGAGCGGCUGGAUGUAUAUGGAAUAGCUGACUGUGUGAACCACACCCCCGCGCUCCGGCUCUGGAUCGCAGCCAUGAAGCAGGACCCCACAGUAUGUGCUCUUCUCAUAGAUAAGAACAUCUUCCUCGGCUUCUUGAAUCUCUAUUUUCAGAACAACCCCGAUGCCUUUGACUAUGGGCUAAGUUGCUGAGCCUUGCAGUCCACCCAUUCACCACCCAGAAUUCCCAAGCAUGUCGUGAUUCUGCAUCAGCACUUGUUUGGGUGGGGCAGUCAAUCUCUGUUCAUUUUCUUUGAGGUUCCCAAUAAACAUGGAGACAGAAUCAUUUCUGAUAAUCAUUUGUAUGGCUCCUCUAGCCCACAGCGUCCAGUGAUUCUCUAGAAAUCUCAGUGCUAGAUUGUCCAGGGACAUUUUGAGAGCCUGUGUGCCUCCCAGUUCCACGGUUAUCGACCCGGUUUGACCUCCAGGUUGUUGGUGUUGAGGUUCAAGGCCGCUCCAUCACUGGUGCUUGUCACUACAGAUGGCACACCCUCCACAACUUCCUGGGAAGAAAAUGCUUGCAGUCCAAAUACUCUCCCUCUGGCAGAUGAAAGCUGCAGUCCCUGUGGGUGUGCGCGAGUUUCAUUCUCCCUCAAACUUUGGCUGUGGGCCCGGGAGGCACCGAGGGUCCUGUGACUGAAAGAAUUCCAAAGCAGGAAAUUAAACACCCAUUAUCACCCUGGACUACCGACGUCAGAAUAUCACCGGUGCUGUCAGGGCUCAGGAUGGCUCACAAAAUGUUCUAUAGCCAACAUCCUGCCUUAAAAAAGGACACACAUCCCAAACCCAGUCAGAGGUAAAGGUCACUCUGUUGAAUUUGCGUCACAGACGCUUUCAAUUCAUCCCAACACAUGCCUCUGGUUGCCUGUUGUGUACCAAGCCUGGGCUGUGUGGGUGAUAAAGAUGACAAAGACAAAGGAGCCCCUGAUCUCUCCAGUCAUCUCGGUUGAGAUUUUAAACGUAGAGCUUUUGGAGCUGCUUGUCUUGCAGUGGGAAUGCUUCUCUUUUUUAAAAAAUUAUUUUUAAUUGAAGUAUAGUUGGUUUACAGUGUUGUGUUCAUUUCAGGUGUACAGCAAAGUGAUUCGGUUCUACAUGUAUAUAUUCUUUUUCAGAUACUUUUCCAUUAUAGUUUAUUACAAGAUAUUAAAUAUACUUCUCUGUUCUAUACAGUAGCUUCUUGUUGUUUAUCAGUUUUAUACAGAGUAGUGUGUAUCUGUUAAUCCCAAACUCCUCCUUUCCCCUUUGGUAACCAUAAGUUUGUUUUCUACGUCUGUGAGUCUGUUUGUGGGUUUUUUUGGUUUUUUUUUUUAAUUUUCCACGCCCCCUGCCUUGAUUUGUGCCAAAAUAAAUGAUGUUUCGCUUUUAAGAUCAAAAUCCAUUAGUCCUUGAUAAUAUGUAGGAAAACAAUUGGCUUUGUACAUUAACCUUGUAU